GUGAUCGCUACAUGCCAGCCGGGCGAUGUCAACGGCACUGAGCAAGGGCUCAUCCCGUGCCCUGAGCAAGAUCGUUGAAGACGAUCAUCCGCCCAAGGAGUCGACGGCGGCGGCACGGCGGUCCAGCAAUGACGGGACGGCUUCGGACGAACAACUGAGGCACUGCUUCGUGCCAGCAGACGAGGCGGGAUGCCUCGGACUGCACCUGAGCCGCACGCCCUGGGACCCGUACCCCUGGGUGAGCGGCGUGGUCGAGGGAUCGUGUGCGGCCCUGGCCGGCGUCCGGAUCGGUGACUGUGUCCUGGAGGCGAAUGGCGAAGAUCUCCUUGGGCUGAAAGUGAUCGACAUCGCGAAACGUGUGCGCAGCCGACGAGCGAGCCGUUCGAGUCCGGCCGGCGUCGGUUUGUUGCUGUGGAACUCCGGCUUCGAGAAGAACAACCUUAAUCCGCAAUCGUUAUCACGCUUCGCCAACUGCCUGCAGGGGAUAGCCGGGCUUUUGGAGUGUCCGGUGUGUCUGGAAAUCAUCCGGCCACCGUCGUGGCAGUGCACACACGGGCAUCUGAUCUGCACGGCAUGCCGGGCCAAGACUGGCAAGUGCCCGAUCUGUCGCGAAGUGCUUGGUCGUUCCCGGUGCAUCGUGGCCGACAAGCUGUUCCACUAUCUGGUGCAAACCCUCGGACACGAAGCUGAUCAUGCACCGACGGACCGAACGACCGAUGCACACCUGCAGAAAGAGUCUCACGCACGGCGACUGCCGCUAAUGCUGCGAGAACAUCAACGGCGCCACCAGCAACAGCAGCAGCAUCAAUCUCAUCACACGCAUAAACACGCAUUCAAAUUGAAAGCAAACAUCGGCCCUAAUGGGACCGAGCCUGCGACAGCAACGGGGAACUCAGAAGCAGCAGUGGCAGCAUCAUUAUCCGAGGCUCGCUACCACUGCCCGACCGGUCAGCCAUGCCCUCGUAUGGAAAAUCAACAUGACAUUCUGAUUCACUUGCAAAAGUCCCACCAAACCGGCGUCGUGCAGCACUACGUGACCGCCGGUGACACGGUGGACGUCACGCUCGCCGACGACGGACCGAGCGGUUCGCUGCUGGCCUGCGUCGUGGUGAUCCCGCGGACAACCGCUCCGAAGUCCACCCACGGCCAGGUGUUCUUCGUAACGAAGUUCCGCUGCCCCGAGCGACCGGCCGAGUCCCUGUGGUGGCUGUGGUACCUGGGAGACGAGUCAGCGGGACACUGGCAGGUGCAGUUGGCCACCACCACCACCACCGGGGCACCGCAAGAGGAUGUGGCCGCCCCCUGGUGUGGACGCCCCGUUUCGCUCGAGCGGAGCCGUGCGGAGGUGUUGCGCAGCAAACAGUAUGUCCGCACGAAGGCUGACCGGCGUCAGAUCCGCGUGCGGAUCGUCGGCGGCACAGCGUAAUGAAGAAUGCAUCGUGUGCGGCUUGCGGCCCUUCGCGCAAAGACUGAUAAAGCCACCCAAACGCGACCCCUUCCGAAAUUGGGAAAAUUCGAUGUUUCCCGGGCGCCGCCUUCGAUACCAUUUAGCGUCGUUUAGUGUCUUCCGACGACACU